GGUUGAUACGAGCAGAAUUGUGCACAUCCACUCUGUGAUCAUCCUGCGCCGCUCCGAUAAGAGGAAAGACCGUGUGGAAAUUUCUCCGGAGCAGCUUUCAGCUGCUUCUACUGAAGCGGAGAGGUUGGCUGAAAUGACGGGACGUCCCAUGAGAGUUGUGGGCUGGUACCACUCUCAUCCUCAUAUCACUGUCUGGCCAUCGCACGUGGAUGUCCGCACUCAAGCUAUGUAUCAGAUGAUGGACCAGGGUUUUGUAGGGCUUAUUUUCUCCUGUUUCAUUGAGGACAAAAACACAAAGACAGGCAGGAUUCUCUACACUUGUUUCCAGUCCAUUCAAGCCCAGAAGAGCUCAGAAUACGAAAGGAUUGAAAUUCCUAUUCAUGUUGUCCCCCAUGAAACCAUUGGGAAAGUGUGCCUGGAAUCAGCUGUAGAGCUGCCCAAGAUCCUUUGCCAGGAAGAGCAAGAUGCCUACAGGAGGAUUCACAGCCUCACCCAUCUAGACUCCGUAACCAAGAUUCAUAAUGGCUCAGUGUUCACGAAGAACCUCUGCAGCCAGAUGUCUGCCAUCAGUGGGCCGCUUCUUCAGUGGCUGGAGGACAGACUGGAGCAGAACAAACAGCGGGUGCAGGAGCUGCAGCAGGAGAAAGAGCAGCUUUUGGAGGAACUAGCUGCUUUGGAGUGAAGGAGGAAACGCAGACCUUCCAGAAAAGAGACAUGAAUAAAACCUACAAGACCUACCUGUGGCUGAGGAGUGGCCCCAUAUUGCCUUCCAGUGAAGAUGCUAGCUGUGCCUCUUGCUCCUUGCAGCAGAGAGCACUCCUACUGGAUAAGGGCUCCCAUCUGCCCCAGCUUGAUGGAGAGCAGUGGCGUCUCUCCAGGUGCUCUGUGAAGCAGUGCAAGUCUAGCUCAGUGGUAGGGUUAGGUAGCAUCUCUUGGUAGAAGAGACUUCAGUUCUGGAGGGUGCGCACCUAGGGAACGUGUUUCCCCCUUUCCUAUGUUUUGACAGAAGUCUUACUGCUUUACGUGUUUACCAGGAGCCUAGAACAGGAGGAUUAGAGGGGAAGGGAGUUAGUCUCCCUGCAGUCAUUUCUCAUGCUGCCAAUUUCUGCCUUCUUCUAGUAGCUUCAGUCAACCGUGAUCUUGCCUCUAGUAAUGUUCUGGAUUACUGGUUAUCCACCCAGGCAGGUAAAAGGUGGGAGGGAUCUUGGACAUAGGAUCAAUGCUCUGUGUAACUUCAAACCAAAUAAAGAAUUCCAAAGCCAGA